GUUCCGAAUGGUACUAGGGACGAUGGAGGAACGUGGUGGUGAUAAUCGUCAAACACACGGAAGAUUGUGGGCUCUGGGCUGCUUGAUUCACCGCAUUGAAUGCCUUUUGGGUUUCAUGCGCACGUCGGUUGCGUUUGAAACAGGGCAAGCACAUCGGGGAACCCAGCUGAUAUUCAUGACUGUGGGUGACGCAGGGUUGCGAGCCCCCGAGCAAUUGAAUAAGUAGCGUAUGCCUUCGAUCGUCUUCAGUAAAUUGGAAGGAUACGGCUGUCGCCGUGUGUGGCUAAUGGAGAUGCACAAAGCAUCGCUUCGUUCUCCGAGAUACUCGCUGCAAGCAUCUGGAAUGAUGUAGUGAAUCUCAUUCAUGUCGCCACGUGAGAUUGUACACAGAUGGAGCCAUCUUGCAAGGCACCAAGUGUUCGAUGCGAAUCUAUGCCCGCUAAGGUUAUCAGCGAGAGAUGGAGGAAUUAAUUAUCUGUAUAAUGAUGAAAAGCAAUUUGAGCUGAUCAAAUCGGUGAAGCGCCGCAUGACGACAUGGAUAUCUCACUGAUGAUUUCACUCUUCAUGUCCUCACGGCUCACCUCGAGCUGUGUACACCAAAUCCCAAAGCAGACUGAGGAAUAGCCAUAAUGUUCCCCGAAUCUCCAACCCUAAUCUAUUCCCUGACCCGAAACUCCCAGCCCCAAAACCGAUUGGAACCUUCGCAACGACGGUGCUGCAUCGCUAUUAGCUUGCGAGGUGUGGCAAUCGGUCGAGGGAAGAUGGUGCUCACCAAGCUAUUGUUGCCAAUUUUGCUCCUGUUAAUUCAAACUGCGCCAUCGGAAGCUGGACAGGACGGGUGGGAUAAAAUUAUCACUGGCCUUGCUGAAUUUGAUGGCCCUGCAUUCCGAGACGAAGUUGCUGAGCCCCUAGUGCAGAUGAGUGCCAAUGCUUAUAGGUGCCCUGAAGUCAUUGACGUUCCGAGGUGGAUUCUGUCCUCGAAAGUAGCACUGGUGGCGCCUGCCGGAGGUGGAAUGCAUGCUGUCGUUUACGAGGAAGAAAGUGGCGGUGCACAAGGUCGCAUUGUGGUGGCAUUUCGAGGCAUCCAAAUAGGGGCGACUACAGAUUGUGAUGCUGACAUGUGUGCAGAUGAGCUCCUAUGGACUCUGCCGGGUGGAGACAAUUGCUCACUCCCCCUCGGCACCUGUGAUAAGUUUGAUGAAGCUACCCUAGACUAUUUCUCGCAGGCGGUUGAGUACACACGGAAGGUGAUUGCUGCGUAUCCCUCUGCAUCGCUUUUGUUAACAGGACAUAGCCUGGGAGCAGGUUUGGCAGUUUUAGUUUCUGCAGCCUUGUCCACUCACCCAGCAAUUCCUGUAAUUGGUUUCAGCUCAGCAGGAACUAGAAAUGCACUGAAAGUUCGAAAUUUGACACUCGACGCUGAUCAUCAGAAGAGAAUCAUCAUCAUCGCAGAUCAGUGGGAUGAAAUAAUGAGAACCUCAUGGGACCAGCAGCUUGGUUUGCUGUGCUUUUACCAGACAGCAUUAGAUUCUAAUUGCAAAAAGUGUUUCGAGUCACCUUCUUGUAUAUUUGGCACGGUAUCAUCGCGUCGGAGACUGGUUGAAAUUGAAAGCGUCACUGAUGCAGAUGAUUGCAUGCUAUGCUUCCUCAAGACACACUAUUUAGCCAAUGUUAUGAAUACAAUACAGAAAGGGACGCGUCCUGUUUGUGAAUAUGUGGCUUAGAAUAGGGUACCAAGGAAGUACAUCUGAAUCAUGAAUAAACCAGCAGCAAUUUCGUUGCUAUUCUCUUGUUUGUAAUCUUUGAUAUAUGAAGGGCACCAUCCAUGAAGUA